AUGGGUAAGUUAUUGCAAUUGUUGAAUAUAUUUGUAAAAAAUCAUUUUAGUUUCAUUGCGCAGUGGAAGACGAACAGCUCGACGCUCUGAUGAGCCACAACAGGCAGAAACCCCAAAAACAACAAGAACUCCGAGAAAGAACGCGAAAAAAGUUAAAGUGGAUUUAGUUGAAGAACCGGAAAUUGUUGAAAGUGAUGCUGAUAAUGAUUUGGUUAUAGAUGAAUCUGUUCAAGAACAAGAAGUUGAAACACAGGAAACUGUCAUUGAUGACAAUCAGAACGAAGAGCAAGAAGUAGAGAUGGAAGCAGAAGAAUUGGCUGAAAAGGUUGAACGCGUUGAACACGUUGAAGAGGAAGAAGUUGGUGGUGAUACCAAAGAAAUGUUAGAAGAAGAAGAAGAUGAUGAAGAUGAAGAUUCGGAUGAUGAAGAGCCAAUGGAAAGUGGAGAGACUAAAGAAACAUUAAAAGAAAAAGAAGAUGAGGAUGAAGACGAAGAAGAGGAUGAUUCAGAUGACGAUGAGCCAAUGGAAGUUUCAUCGAAAAAAGUUGUCGAAGAAAAAACAUAUGACAUCAAAGUUGCUGGAAAUCCAGAACCAGUUGUUAGUAUUUAUGAGCAAGUGAUGGCUAAAAAAGCGGCGAAAUCUGCAAAGGAUAUUGAAAAACGUUCAGAAAAACGAGAGAAGAAAAAGUCAAAACGAGAUGCGCGAAAAAUUGCAAAUGGUGUUUAUCAAGUCAAAAUGAAGAAAAGGUAAGGUUUAGGGGAUUUUAUUUAGAAUAAUAGUGAGUCGUGAUAAAGCUUUAGUUAUCAAAAGCUGAACACAAUUUUAUUAAAACCUAAGAUUGUUUUGUUUCAGCAAAACAUCAUUCAAAGUGGUGACAUUGAAACGUGGAGUUCAACAAGCAUUGGAGCCAGUUAAUAAUUUCCGAGAUGAUCUUCUUGCAUCCCGAACUUCAAAGUCACGAAUCCCAGAUACUCAAAACUAUUUGCAACGACGAGAUUGGGUAUCGAAGCGGUAA